AACGGAAGAAUAUGUUUAUCACAACGACUGGUCUAUAAAAAGACGUGUUGACUCAAUCUAGAUAACCGAGAACUACGACAGCUCCUCUCAUCAUUGAGGGGAAGAUAUCUAUAAACAACCUGAGGAAAACGUCUUCUGUUUUUUGUGAAUUUGUCGUCACUAUUGCUUUGGCUGGAUGAAUGUGAAUCAAGCAACCCAAAGAGUAGUUCGCACGAGGGUUCGUCCUUUUCUGUUAUAAGUUUGUAACAUCGAGAUCGAGAGCGCAUCUAAUACCUGACAUCAAAGACAUUAGUUUUGUCGUCGAGGUCUGAUGUCGAUGGCCAUCUAUUUUGUCUUUUACAGGAAUAAAGUAACUACACCAGUUUGAAAGGAAGAGGAAGAGACUAACAAAGGUGUGGAGUCAAAGACAUGCUGCUGGUGGAAAGGGAUACAUAUCUAGCUGAUAGAACUGGACAGGAACGAUGGCAUAUCCAUUCAAUGCAAGCAUCAGUGCUUCUUCUGUUGUUGGAGCCCAAGCUUCCAGUCUUCACCAAUCCAGCAUGAAGGAGCAGCGCAAACUGGAAGAGAAUCUUCAAUCGUUGUCCAAAGAAAUGCGGUCUCGCAUGAGCCAGCUGGACUCGGAGACCAAUGAGAUGCGUCGCCACUCCCUCCGGAUGUUCGACUCCGUACGACGAAAGGAACACCAGAGAAUGACGCGGUCGCGUCAAGAAAUUGCGAGUCUACGCGCAUCGGAGAGUUCGGAUAAUAUAAACAACGUUGACUCGGGUCCACCUUCGCGAGCGAUUUCCGCUGGACGAUUGAAAAUGACACAGUCGCCGCGCUCCCCGAACAAAAGAGAUGGAGCUCAAUCGCAGAUCGAACUCAGCCGAUGUUAUUCAUCACCGGCAUCCAUCGACAAACUCGGUCCGAUGAGUGCUUUUGACGAGGAACUGGCAGCAGAACCGAAGGGUGACUUCAGUGACGAGAGCAUCGCAGCCGACGCAGCAUCGAUUCCUGUCACGGACCUGCCGAACUUCUGUAACGGCCGAGAACUGGGAAUGAUCGGGGAAACGAUGGGUAAAGAAGAUAAGGAUGGUAACGCAGAAUCUGUGUUUGAGGAUCAACACACUCACCAGGCCGUUAGCGGAUUCGCCUCAUCCCCACUGUUAAAUAGAAGACAUACACAGACUAACAUAAACGUGAAAUCGACAUCGCAUAUCGGUGACGAGCGUAUUAAAUUAUUGACGAGGCGUCGGCGUACGUCCGAGAUCGUUAAACCGGUAAGUCUUUCAAACACGCCUGGGGUCAAACCAUCGAGACGCCACAGUUCGCAUGAACCUGCGUUCUUGUCGAACUUCAGUACACGUAGCAGCCAAGAGAUAUUGUUGCAUCGCACAUCAUCUAUCUGUUAA